AUGUCCUUAUACAGCGAGAGUGGCGCUAGUCCGGAACAAAACCCUGCCAUGAAGAACCCCGAAAAUGUUCAGCAGGAUUCCCCCUUCAGGCGAAAAGAGGGUCCGUCGUCUGGCACGAACUCUUCUCCGGUUGUCCUAGGCACGGGCCAGAGUAAUAAUAGUGAGAAUGAGGUCGCGUCGUCCUUGCAUUCCAAAGAAGAUGAGAAACCAGGACAACGCCAGGCGACAAUUGGCUCCAGAUCUCGAUUUGUAGUCCUGCAGGAGCCCGUCAACGUGGAGAGACCCCCAUCCGGCAUCUCAUCUCGUCAUAGCUAA